CGUGAGUCACCUAUUAAUAACGGACAGUACUCGGUUUGUCGGCAUUCCCGGAGAUGGCCGAGAUCGCGGCGGAGGCUGCGAUCGAUCAGCCAACGGUGUUGCCACGUCAACCUCAGGCGGUGUACGACCAUGCUCCAUGCACAAACAUACAUACGACGAACCUGCCACGACGAGCUACUGUCGCUGGUUCGACCGUCGUGGAGUCGUCGCGAAUUCCAGUGCUGCGACAUUGCCCACCAAAGACGCAUCACUCAUUUAACGUACCCUCCAACGAACGAGACGAAAGCAACGCUGUCGACAGUUCGUUGUCCAUGCCAACCACGACAGCAGACUGGGCUAUUCUGCAAGAGGUACUGCAAGGAGCGGAUCCUCUACGCAUCGAGUGCUUGAACCUCGGCCGGUCCGUCUCCAGCGACGUCAAAACAACUUGGAAACUCAAGUCACUUGGGACUUUCAGUCCCUUGUCCCAACUCGUGACACUGGAUGUCAGUGGCCAUGGCAUUUACACGAUGGACGGACUCGACCAGCUUAGCCAUCUCAAGCAUUUGACCAUGGCACGUAACAACCUUAAAGUGCUCAAAUUCCCCAAGCCGUGUCUGCUGGAGUCGAUCGAUGUGUCGGGCAACUACAUCACCCAACUUCCCAAAGGCAUCCAGCACCUAACGCACCUCCAACGCCUCAACCUGGCUGGCAACGGUCUCGCCGUCCUCAAACAAAUCGAGGUGCUCGCCCCCCUGAUCAAUCUCCACACGCUCAACUUGUCGGCGAAUCCCCUCGCUGUGCUGCAGAGCUAUCGGGACUUUGUUGUGUUUACGCUGUUGGCGCUGUCCACCCUCGACGAUCACCUGAUAACAGAAGCCCAGCGGGAAAAGAGCCGCCGACGGUUCACGGGCCCGUUGCCUGAGGACGAAAUCCGGCGCGAAGCGGACCGGAUGAUGCAGCUCGAUCAACUCGAGCUCGAGGAGAAACAAGAGAUUCUGGAAGCAGAAAACACAAGGCUCAAGAGCGAGCUCCUCGUCAAGUCGCAGCUCCUGGAGAAUAAGUCCAAGGAAUGGUCGAGUGCGACGCAUCAGCUGCUUCAGCUACAACAAGACCUUGCCAUGCUUCACAUCGAUCGCAACUUGCCGGACAGUCCGAUGCGGCAGCGGUACAGUUCCCUGCACGGCCACGUCAACCAUUCCCUCGGCCAUGGUCCGACCCAAGGGCCUCCAGGGGAGACGUCGCCAGAAGAUGCCGCCGCCCCUUCAACUGGGUACGACGGUGACUCCCUUCGGCUCGUGCACAAGGUGUCCGUCCUGCGGGAGAGCAAAGACACCAUGGAGAAGGAGCGCGCCGAAAUCGUCGCGGAAAUCACGGCCAUUCGCAACGAAAUCGUGCUGCUCGACAAUGACAUCGGCAUCUUAAAGCAGUCUCUCGUCGGUGAGCAACAUGCUCACUCGACCUCGGUAGACCACGAAAGGGACCCAACGUACUACUACGAUGAUGGCCGCGCGCGUCUGGAAGAGCUGCACACUCAGAUAACCUUUGCCGACGCCGAGGUCCAAGAACUCGAGCAGCGCCUCGUCCACAAGACAAAGGAAAUGCUGGCCGCAGAUUUACGGGUGGAUCCUCGAAAUGGUCGCGGUCUGGACAAGCGGAUGGCGCAAGCGAGCGUGUUCGACAAGGAGAUUUCGGCGCUCAGCUACAAACUCGAACGCAUGACGACGCAAAAGGCCGAGUGGGUCGACGAACUACAUCGCUUGCAAACGUCCACGCAACUGCCCGUACUCCGUCUCAAGGAGGUCCAAGACGCCUGCAAUAGCCCCAGGGCAUCGCUUCGCAAAACGUUUCGAAUAUGCGACGACGCACCGCUUCCUCCCGAAACAAAUCUCUUUCGGAUGCUCGUGAGUGAAAAGCUCGCCCACUUGCACGCCCUUCAACAGCGUCGAUUGGACCUCGUCGAUGUGCUCAUGACAAGGGAGGCGACCCACCAAGCGCUCAACGAUCACUUGGCUCGAAUCGACGCAGAGCUAGCCGAGAUUGGCGACAUUUCCACGACAGAACACAAGAUGGACAGCAACGACCCCUCCUUUGCACUCACGUCGCCUCAAGACAUCUUGGACCACCUGAAAGACCACGUCGUCGGCACUCAUGUCACCAACGUGCUCGGGAAUAAAGACGAUGCAGCGACAUCGCCCAAGCGUUCGCCAGGGCGGUCCCCUCACCGUCACUCCAACGACAAACCCAUCGCCCCAAGCCUCAACGCCUACCAACACGAAUACGCGAUUCUCCCGGGUGUCGACCUCACGUCCGCCAAUUACGCGCUGCUCAGUGGGGCGAGUCAACUUGCGUUUGAUGCAAACACACGGUUGCUUCUGGCGUGCAAAAAGCUCCAGCAAGCAGAGCAAACCAACUUGAUCGAUGCCACCACCAACAUGGACAUCGAUCCUGCCACGAAACGCAUCUUGAGUCGACUGGAAGUGACCCUCAUCGCCGCCACCAACUUGCCGCGCACACGACGGCUCCAUAGCACAUGUGAUCCGUACGCCCUUUUGCACCUUGAGCACCAAAACCUGUACAUCUUCGACCAGACAUGCCGUUCGUUCUGCGUUAAUCUUGCAAUUCAUGGUAGUGAAAGCGGGCAGUGGGAGCGGUACCACCCCACGAACGCGCUGCGGAGCAACACGAGGCCCAACACGUUGUACCCGAUGUGGGAAGAAGAGUUUGUUUUGAAGCCGAUUGAGACGAUGUCGACGCGGCUCUGCGUCACCAUCAUGGACGACAAGCGGACUGCCGAUAGACACGAGAAACUUGGCGACGUGAAAAUUGAGUUGCGCACGUUGGUUGACCAGAAGCGAACGGUGGCGUGGUUCCUGUUAUCGCCCGCGCCAUCGAAAGGCCGACCUCAACCGGCCGUGCGAUUGCGCCUGCGCUUUCUGUACAACAAAGCAGACCGGCUACGACGCGUCGUCGACCGGCUCGUGGCCGGGUUUGUCGCGGAGCGCCAUGCCUUACCUCCGUUUCUAUACCGCAUUUCCGAACAGGCGCCAGACAAAGAAGGGACGAAGCCCACGUCAUCGGCCCCAGUUGUGCCAAGCGGAGCUCAGUCCCCGCGAGCUCCAGCCACAUCCACGACAUGUUCACGAAAGCAGCAGUCGCACCCGCCUUUAUUACUGGAUCUGACUGUUGAAGAAGAGUCGAGCGACGACAUCCCACCGCAAAAGAAUUCGCCAGUUGCUGCCACCGCCACCUCCGUCAUUCAACGCUCAGAUGUGGCAACCAUGGAAGCGUACCGUGAAAUAUUCCAAGCGCGAAAACUCUAUCGCAAAGUCAAAGCGAAGCCGGUCGUCGGAUGCUUUGACCGGGAGAGUCCAUACCAUCCUCGCCAAGUGACCGCAGAGGCCGCCAAGGUUGCUCCUGUCACGUUCAGCAUUUUCAAACAGCCGUGUCAUGUCCCUCGAGAUACAUCCCAGGCCAUUCCUGAGCGAUACUUUGGGCUCACAACCGACAAAUCGGAGAGGUUGAAGGAAUUGUUUGGCAAAAUGGCGCCUCGCACCCUGACCACGACGGCAGACGCAAGUUCCACGACGAAGCCAUGGGGUGCCGGCGAAGUAAGGCGCAUCGCACUACGCUCUCGCUUGUACAGCCAACGAUCGACAACUAUUUAACUGUAACAUCACCAUCACCGCAGUGAGAUGACCUGGGGCCGGCGUCGUGAAUCCGUAGCGUAUAAAUUAAAAGGCGCUAGACGUCUGUCCGAUGCGCUUCAACUCGUCAUCUAUCUUCGAUCGCGCCGUGAUCAGACGUUGUUCCGCCGACUAGACAAAACGACGGCCGAUUACCCACUCGUGCGAGGGUCACGCGGGAGCGGCAGCAUCCCGUCGUCCGAGUCCUCUUCAUGCACCAUCUCCAUGCCGCCGCGCAGUGCGUCAAACCCACGAGAAUGGCUGUGUUCGACGAGCGGGGACAGCGCGUAGUUGAGAUAUCCGUUGCCUUCGUCAAACGAUUGUGGCGGAUCGAGGCUGGAGAAGCUCACUGACCGCGAUAUAUCGAGCUCGUCUUCGACCAAGGGGGACAUGGCAAAGUUGAGGUAGCUAGGAGUUGCCUCGGCCGUCGGGGUCGGUGACGUGGUCGACGGGCUAUCCGACAUAGGCGACACGGACGCUGACGAAUAUUGCGUUAGCUUCAAAUCGUAGUUCACGUUUGGAUCUGCGGUCGUGUGGUGGUGGGGUUGGUAGUGUAGGUUCUGGUCGGGGCCAUGAAACGUCGACGGCUGCGUCACGUGGGACGAGUAGUGACUCAGUUCGCGGUGGGUCGUACGAGAUGGAUCGCGAUCGUAGCUGUUGACGCGCGACCGGACGAUGUACGCGCCAGCAUACGUGGCAAUUUGGCGUUCGGUGCGUUCGCGCUGGCGCCGUCGGUGCCAACAGCAGCCCAGCACGAUCAAUAGCACCAACCCUAUCACGCCGCCGGCAAUUCCAAGCGCAAUGGGGGUCGCAUCGGUCGUCGGGUCGGGCUCGACGAGCUGCACGUUUCGGUACGUCACCAUAUCGAUGAACGCUGGCUGGGUGACGUUUUCUUUCGUGUAGUUGGAAACGACAGUCGCUUUCACGACGAGGGUGAACGGACCCGGGCCUGCUAACAACUUGACGGUCGACGAGAACUGCGCUGUGCCUGUGGCCGGCGCAAACUUGGUGCCACGGAUACCCCCCGUGGAAGCGAGCAAGUCGAUGCGAUUUCCACAUGCCACACGGCGAUCGUUACCAGGGCACAAGUACAACGUCGAGUGAAGGAUGUCGGUCGUCAAUGGAUUAAUGGUCUUGAACGUCACGGACGAUGUCGUGAUUGCGACGGUCCACGAUACCUGCACGGCAUCGCCAACAAUGGCUGGGGACUGGAAUGGCACCACCGUCACUUGGCCGGGGCACAGCCCACCGUUCGCCUUGUCCAGGCUUCCACUCGCGUCGUCGUUCACCGACGCAAAGCAGUACGUCGUCACAUCGUCGACGGCGGCCAUGUUUGGGCGCGGGAGGCGUAAAUGGGACUGCGCGGGGGUUGGUCGCCUCAGCCGGUCGCGUGGUUACUUACGGCAAUUGUUGUCGGAUCAG